GGACACACGGUGUGCAAACCGAACAGAAUAACCCGCCCCCCAGCGGGAUGUGAUGGACUCGGGUUGAGGCCGGCCACGCCCCGCACGGAUGGAAAGGUGGCCAUUGUGACUACAUGGUGACUAGUUGUCUUACUACUGAGUCUCUUACUGGAAUCAUGGAGGAGAAGCAACAGAUUAUAUUGGCUAAUCAGGAUAGUGGGACAAUGGCAGGAGCAGCACCUACUUUCUUUGUCAUACUAAAGCAGCCGGGAAAUGGCAAAACUGAUCAAGGAAUUUUGGUUACUAAUCGGGAUGCCUGUGCUUUGGCUGGCAGUGUGUCAUCGCCAGAAAAAUCCAAAGGGAAGAUUUGCCUUCCAGCGGAUUGUACUGUUGGAGGAGUCACAGUCACCCUGGAUAAUAAUAGUAUGUGGAAUGAGUUCUAUCAUAGAAGCACAGAGAUGAUUCUGACCAAGCAGGGAAGGCGCAUGUUUCCGUACUGUCGUUACUGGAUAACAGGUCUAAAUUCAAAUUUGAAGUAUAUCCUUGUUAUGGAUAUAUCUCCUGUGGACAACCAUCGUUAUAAAUGGAAUGGUCGUUGGUGGGAGCCCAGUGGGAAGGCUGAACCUCAUAUUUUGGGGAGGGUUUUUGUUCACCCCGAAUCUCCUUCCACAGGUCAUUACUGGAUGCAUCAACCAGUAUCUUUCUAUAAACUCAAACUUACCAACAAUACACUGGACCAAGAAGGGCAUAUCAUCUUGCACUCUAUGCAUCGCUAUCUGCCAAGGCUUCAUUUGGUGCCUGCCGAAAAGGCUACAGAAGUGAUACAAUUGAAUGGUCCCGGUGUCCACACUUUUACCUUCCCACAAACGGAAUUCUUUGCCGUAACAGCUUAUCAGAACAUUCAAAUUACUCAGUUGAAAAUAGAUUACAAUCCAUUUGCCAAAGGCUUCCGGGAUGAUGGAUUGAAUAAUAAGCCCCAGAAAGAUGGGAAGCAAAAAAAUAGCUCUGACCAAGAAGGGAGUAGUGUUCCCAGUUCUCCUGGUCAGCGUGUUCGUCUUACAGAAGGUGAGGGGUCAGAAAUACAGCCAGGUGACCUGGAUCCCAUAUUGAGAAGUCAUGAAACAUCAAGUGAGGAUAUGGAGAAACCUUCUCUUAAUAUAAAACAAGACUUUAUUGAUUUCAUGGAUACUGAUUCAACACUUGAAGUUCCUCAAUUGAAGCAAGAGGUUUCUGAGAGCCUUGUUACCAACAAUUUUGAAGAUGGCUCCCAUGUAGCCUCACCACUAAACCCAAAUGGACCUUUCAAUGUUGUCAUUAAAGAGGAACCUCCAGAUAAUUAUGACUAUGAGCUUGGUGAGUGCCCAGAAGGUGUCACUGUGAAGCAGGAAGAGACAGAUGAAGAAACAGAUGUAUACUCAAACAGUGAUGAUGAUCCCAUACUAGAAAAACAGCUGAAGAGGCAUAGUAAAGCUGAUAACCUAGAAGCUGACUAUCCGUCUACUAAAUGGCUACCAAGCAGCCCAUCAGGUGUUGCUAAGGCAAAAAUGUUCAAAUUAGACACUGGGAAAAUGCCAGUAGUCUAUCUGGAGCCCUGUGCAGUCACCAAAAGCACAGUGAAGAUUUCUGAGCUACCUGAUAACAUGCUUUCUACAUCUCGGAAGGAUAAGUCUUCCAUGUUGGCAGAAUUGGACUAUUUGCCUACGUACAUUGAAAAUUCCAAUGGGCCUGAUGACUGCUUAGGUAAAGAAUCAGAAAAUACUGGUCUUAGAAAUUUUUCACCAGAUUUCAGAGUGAUACAAAAAUACCCUUUAUUUAAAGAGCCUCAGUGGAAAUAUCCUGAUGUAUCUGACAGUGUCAGCACAGAAGGAACAUAUGAUAAUAGCUCAAAGGGGUCUUCUGGGGAUUCCUUUUCAGGAAAAGAGGACUUGGGAAGAAAGAGAGUACCUAUCCUUAAAAUUGCAACACCCUCAAAAGCCUUGGAUACCAAUCAGAAUACUUCUCCAAGUAUCACUGGGAAGAGAGGGAGGCCACGGAAAUGGAAACUACCUAAGGCAGGGCGACCACCUAAAAACACUGGCAAGUCUCUAACUUCCACAAAGAAUACUCCGGUUGGCUUUGGGUGUACAUUUCCAGAAGUAAAGCCUGACUUGGAAGAUGUGGAUGGUGUUCUGUUCGUUUCCUUCGAAUCGAAGGAAGCUUUAGACAUUCAUGCAGUUGAUGGGACAACAGAAGAACCCUCGAGUCUUCAGCCAUCAGCCACAAGUGACGCAGGCUGCAGGGCAAGAAUCUCCCAGUUGGAAAAGGAAUUGAUAGAAGAUUUGAAGUCUUUGCGUCACAAGCAGGUGAUCCAUCCUGGUCUUCAAGAAGUGGGCCUAAAAUUGAAUUCUGUGGAUCCAACACUGAGCAUUGAUCUUCAAUACUUGGGAGUACAGCUACCUUUGGCGCCAGCCACUAGCUUUCCUUUCUGGAACCUUACAGGAACAAGUCCUGCCUCUCCUGAUCCUGGAUUUCCCUUUGUUUCUAGGACAGGGAAGACCAAUGACUUCACCAAAAUCAAGGGAUGGAGGGGAAAAUUUCAUAGUGCUUCCGCAUCUAGGAAUGAAGGGGGCAAUUCAGAUGCUUCAUUGAAAAACCGUUCUGCUUUCUGUAGUGACAAGCUAGAUGAGUAUUUGGAAAAUGAAGGCAAGCUGAUGGAAACAAGCAUGGGUUUCUCUUCCAAUGCUCCUACAUCUCCUGUGGUAUACCAACUUCCCACCAAGAGUACCAGUUAUGUACGGACCCUUGAUAGUGUAUUAAAGAAGCAAUCUACCAUUUCCCCUUCUACCUCAUACUCUUUGAAGCCUCAUUCUGUACCCCUUCCUUCUCGAAAGGUUAAACCUCAAAACAGACAGACAAAUGUCAGUGGCCGAACUAAAUCAUCUUAUAAAUCUAUCUUACCAUAUCCUGCUUCAUCAAAACAGAAGCAGUCCCAUGUGAUUUUAGGAGAUAAGGUUACCAAAAAUUCUUCAAACACUGUCUCAGAAAACCAGAUGAGUGACUUGGUUGUGCCAACUUCAGAGGAAAAUGUUUUUACAAAGCAGAUUAGUCUGCGGCAGGCACACCAACAGCCUCAGCAACUGUUGUUGGGAGCUCGGCCACCAGGUUUGUCUAAAUCUCAGGUGAAGCUCAUGGACCUGGAGGACUGUGCACUUUGGGAAGGAAAACCACGGACUUACAUCACCGAAGAGAGAGCAGAUGUGUCCUUAACGACUCUGCUUACGGCUCAAGCAUCUCUCAAAACUAAACCUAUCCACACAAUUAUACGGAAAAGAGCACCUCCAUGCAACAAUGACUUUUGCCGACUGGGUUGUGUAUGUUCCAGUCUAGCUUUGGAGAAGCGCCAGCCUGCUCACUGCCGCCGACCAGACUGCAUGUUUGGCUGCACUUGUUUGAAAAGAAAAGUUGUACUUGUUAAAGGAGGAUCUAAAACAAAGCAUUUGCAGAGGAAAGCUGCUCAUCGAGAUCCAAUAUUUUAUGAUACUUUGGGAGAAGAGGCAAGGGAAGGAGGAGAGGAGGAUGACAGGGAGGAAGAGGAGCUAUUAAAAGAGAAGAAGAAAAGAAAGAAGCUGGAAUACACCAUAUGUGAAACAGAGCCUGAACAGCCCAUUCGCCAUUACCCAUUAUGGGUGAAAGUAGAAGGUGAAGUAGAUCCAGAGCCUGUUUAUAUUCCAACUCCCUCUGUCAUUGAGCCUAUGAAACCAUUGUUGUUGCCUCAACCGGAAGUUCUAUCUACUACUGCGAAGGGCAAAGUGCUCACUGGAAUUAAACCUGCAAAACCAUAUACUCCCAAACCCAAUCCUGUGAUUCGGGAAGAGGACAAAGAUCCAGUCUACUUAUACUUUGAAAGUAUGAUGACUUGUGCCCGAGUUCGAAUGUAUGAACGGAAAAAACGAAAGCAGCCAUCUCUCCCCACAUCUCCAUCAUUCCCGCAGCAGAGCUCAUGUCAUGCCAGUCCUGGGGACUAUAGUAUAAAGGAACCUGAUUCUGAGCAGCAGCCCUUGAAACAAGCCACCUCUGAUCUAGAGAAUGAGUCUCAUAAAUCACAAGAAAAUAGUUGGAAAUCUUCCUGCAAUGAAGGGGAAUCCUCUUCUACCUCCUAUGUGCAUCAGCGGUCACCUGGUGGUCCCACCAAACUGAUAGAGAUCAUCUCAGACUGCAACUGGGAGGAGGAUCGGAACAAGAUUUUGAGCAUCUUAUCCCAGCACAUCAAUAGCAACAUGCCACAAUCACUUAAGGUGGGCAGCUUCAUCAUUGAGUUGGCUUCUCAGCGAAAGAGCCGGGGUGAGAAGAACCCUCCUGUUUAUUCUUCUCGUGUGAAAAUCUCUAUGCCAUCAUGUCAAGAUCAAGAUGAUAUGGCUGAGAAAUCUGAAUCAGAGACUCCUGAUGGUCCAUUAUCCCCUGGGAAAAUGGAUGAUCUCACUUCUGUGCAGACAGAUGCCUUGGAUUCAGUGAGGGAAAGAUUGCAUGGAGGCAAAGGUCUGCCUUUUUAUGCAGGGCUUUCUCCUGCAGGGAAGCUUGUGGCCUAUAAACGUAAACCCAGUUCAAGCACAUCUGGGCUUAUCCAGGUUAAUGGUAAGAGUUACCCGCAGGCUAAGUUGCUAUUGGGACAGAUGGGGGCAUUGCAUCCAGCCAAUAGGCUAGCUGCUUAUAUCACAGGCAGGUUGCGACCCUCAGUCCUGGACCUCUCAACCCUCAGUACUGUCAUCUCCAAGGUAGCAUCCAAUGCCAAGGUGGCUGCAUCCAGGAAACCACGUACCCUGUUGCCUUCAACAUCCAAUUCCAAAACGACAUCUUCCUCCAGCACUACAUCAAACCGUCCUGGGAAGAAUUUGAAGGCAUUUGUCUCAGCAAAAAGGCCAAUUGCGGCUCGACCCUCUCCUGGUGGUGUGUUCACACAGUUUGUGAUGAGCAAAGUUGGAGCCCUGCAGCAGAAGAUACCUGGAGUUAGCACACCCCAACCCCUGACAGGGUCACAGAAGUUCAGUAUCAGACCUUCUCCAGUAAUGGUCGUCACACCUGUGGUUUCUUCUGAGCCAGUUCAGGUGUGCAGCCCUAUGACUGCUGCUGUCACCACUACCACCCCUCAAGUGAUUUUAGAAAAUGUUACUUCUGUGGCAUCUGUGACUGCUAUUUCUGACAUGGGAACUAAAGAGACUACUAAUUCUUCUGAUGCCACCCAUGCAGGGGCUGUUGAGGUCUCUGAAACUAAUGUCCGCACUCCUAUAACACCUACUCAGUCUACAGCCACUGUGAAUCUUUCCAAAACUACUGGGAUAACUACCCCUGUUGCUUCCAUUGCUUUUCCUAAGUCUUUGGUAGCAUCUUCUCCAACCAUAACUCUUCCCGUUGCUUCCACUGCCUCCACCUCCAUAGUCGUGGUGACCACAGCUGCAUCUUCCUCCAUGGUGACCACACCAACUUCAUCUCUGGGCUCUGUACCUAUUAUACUUUCAGGAAUUAAUGGGAGUCCACCAGUGAGCCAGAGACCAGAUAAUACCCCUCAAAUUCCAGUGGCUACUUCUCAGGUCUCUCCUAACCCAGUGAAACGUGCUGGACCUCGAUUGUUGUUGAUUCCAGUACAGCAGGGCUCUCCUACUGUAAGACCUGCCCCAAACACACAACUUACGGGGCAGCGGAUGGUCUUGCAGCCUGUUAGGAGCCCCAGUGGAAUGAACCUAUUCAGGCAUCCUAAUGGGCAGAUUGUCCAGCUCCUCCCUUUGCAUCAGCUUCGAGGCUCUAAUUCCCAGCCCAACUUACAACCUGUCAUGUUUCGGAACCCAGGAUCUGUGGUGGGAAUCCGGUUACCUGCACCUUCUAAACCUUCAGAGACGCCACCAUCUUCUACUUCUUCGUCUGCUUUUUCUGUUGUGAACCCAGUGAUUCAGACUGUUGGGUCUUCACCAGCUGUGAAUGUCAUCACUCAGGCGCCAUCAUUGCUCUCCUCUGGAUCUCCUUUCGUGUCUCAGGCUGGUACUUUAACCCUGAGGAUUUCUGCUCCGGAACCACAAAGUUGUGCAAGUAAAACAGGCUCUGAAACAAAAAUCACCUAUAGCUCAGGAGGGCAGCCGGUUGGUACAGCCAGUCUCAUUCCUCUCCAGUCUGGCAGUUUUGCCUUGUUGCAGCUCCCAGGACAAAAACCUAUUCCUAGCUCCAUUCUUCAGCAUGUUGCUUCCCUGCAGAUGAAAAGAGAAUCUCAGAAUGCAGAUCAGAAAAAUGAAACAAGCUCUUUAAAACAGCAGGAAACCAAGAAAGUUGUAGAGUCAGAUGGAGCUGCUAUAGACCCUGAGGCUAGUACAAUAAUAAACCAAAAUCCAGGAGCUGCUGCCUCAGAAGAAACCCCGAAUGACUCUUUGGAAGAUGGGGGUGAUCAUUUUGAUGAAGAGUCCACUACAGGAGAAGAUCCUAUAACCGCUAUGCAUUCUGAGCACCCCUUUAUCACUGGGUCACGCUCAAAUGGAGACUAUAAAGGUGUCAGUGAUGAGCUUGUGCCUGUGAAUCAGAGUCGCUCCAAGGGAAAACAGACUAUUGUCGAAGUUAAGACCAUUUCUGGAAAAACUAGUAAUGUGACAGCCCAAAGUGUAAGUAAGGCACAGCUUAAAAAAGUUGUCACUGUGAAAGUGGAACAGGGGCAUGUACUAGACAAUCCCGAAGACGAACAAAGUGAAUUCCCAAUCAUCUCUAAGGAAGAAAGUAAACUUGAAUUAUCAGAGAACAAAAUUGUGGAACAGCAACUUAAUGCACAGCCGGAGAACAAGGAGGAGGGAGUGGGAAACUCUGUGGAGGGGGGCAGUGUUAGAGACAGAAUGAGAAAGCACCCGAAGGGCCCUCUGACCCGCAAAUAUGUUGGAACGUCAAAAGAAUGUAAGAAAGAGGUAGAUGAACAAUUAAUUAAACAAACAAAGACCAGACAGGAAAAUUCUAGUGUGUUUCAACAAGAACAAAAUAUCUCUGGUUUAAAAACUGAGUGCGAUUCUUGGAGUAGGGUUUCUAAUCCUGCAACCUUUUCCAAGAGAGCUACAAAAGGCGACAGAGGGGAUGGACACUUUGAGGGUCACUUACUGCUAUCAGGAGAACCUAUAAAACCAAAACAAGAAAAGAAAAGUGGGAGAAGCAGUACUGACUUCACUGUUUUGGAUUUGGAAGAAGAGGAUGAAGAAGAUGAGAAUGAGAAAACGGAUGACUCUGUUGAUGAGAUGGUGGAUGUUGUUUCUGACUACCAGAGUGAGGAUGUUGAUGAUGUAGAAAAGAAUAAUCAGGUAGGCUACCUAGAGGAGGAGGAUGAGCAAGUGGACAUUGAGACUGUAGAAGAGCUCUCAGAGGCAAUUAAUGCGCACUUGAAGACCGAAGCUGCCCGCAUACUUUGCUCCAAACAACCGUGCCGUACUCUUACCUCUGUAGAUGAAAAAACUGUUGAAAGGAGUCGGAAGAAAGAAGCAGAAGCUUUUGCUUAUUAUCGCCGGACACAUACUGCCAAUGAGCGGAGGCGGCGUGGUGAAAUGAGGGAUCUCUUUGAGAAAUUGAAGAUCACGUUGGGAUUACUCCAUUCUUCGAAGGUUUCAAAAAGUCUGAUUCUCACCCGGGCCUUCAGCGAAAUUCAGGGACUCACAGAUCAAGCAGACAAGUUGAUAGGACAGAAAAACCUGCUGACACGAAAACGGAAUAUUUUGAUACGAAAAGUGUCAUCUCUUUCAGGUAAGACGGAAGAAGUGGUAUUGAAGAAGUUAGAGUAUAUAUAUGCUAAACAACAAGCAGUAGAGGCACAGAAAAGAAAAAAGAAGAUGGGAUCAGAUGAGUAUGAUGUGUCUCCCCAAAUUAAUCAACAGCAGGAAGGCGCUUCUGCAUCAUCUGUAGAUGUUGGACAGAUGCUCAUAAAUCACAGGCGGGGGAAACCUUUGAUUUUAUCCAGAAAGAGAGUCCAAGUCACAGAAAAUAUUUCACCCUCUAACACUCCACACACAUCUGGCAACCUCGUGAUGACUCCGCAAGGGCAAUUGCUCACCUUAAAAGGCCCCCUGUUUUCAGGACCAGUGGUAACUGUUUCUCCCGCUCUCUUAGAAGCAGAUUUGAAGCCUCAGGUUGCCAACAGUGUUGUGGCUCAAUCAGAAAAUGAUGACUUAUUCAUGAUGCCAAGAAUUGUUAAUGUGACAUCAUUGGCCACAGAGGAAGGUUUAGUAGAUCUAAGUGGCAGCAAAUAUCCUCAUGAACCUCCUGAUGGCAAGCCACCCGACCCACUAAAAGACAACAUCAGUAAUGAAGAUCACUCCUUUGAAGAUCUGAGUAGAAUCUCUUCUAGAGGCAACCACAGAGAUGGUAGAGUGGCGCUGAACCCGGCACAGGUGUUUCUGGCAAAUAAAGAUUCUGGUUUUCCACAAAUAAUUAAUGUUUCCAGUAUUCCAGAAGCACAGGAACUCUUACCUAAGAAGAUUUCUGGUGAUAAAAGAGGGAUCCAAUAUAAAUGGAAAGAGAAUGAAUCAAGAGGGGAGAGACUGAAGCCAAAGGAGUCUCCAUUUCAUAAAUUGAAGAUGAAAGAUCUCAAGGACUCAAGCAUAGAGCUGGAACUGAGAAAGGUAGCAUCUGCUAUAGAGGAAGCAGCGCUGGACUCCAGUGAACUACUCACGAACAUUGAAGAUGAGGAUGACACUGAUGAGACACUGACCUCUCUGCUCAAUGAGAUUGCCUUUCUGAAUCAACAACUAAAUGAUGACUCUGUUGGCUUGGCUGAAAUGCCCAGUCCUAUGGGAACAGAGUUCCCAGGGGAUGCUCCACAGGCUUUUAUCAAUAAGCCUCCUCCUAGGAACAGAGGAACUUUCCAGGUGGACCACUUAGGAACUGGUUUGAAAGAGUUGUCUGAUGUGCAAGAAGGGAGCGAACCCAUCAGUCCACUCCUCUUACACUUGGAAGAUGAUGACCUUUCUGAGAAUGAAAAACAGCUUACAGAACCAACCUCUGAGACAGAUGUACUUAAGAUUGUUAUCGAUCCAGAAAUAAAAGAUUCUCCUCUUCCCCUCAGGAAAGCCAGCGAUGGAGGGAAGAAUAAGUCUAGUCACCCUGCAGUGUCUGAAAGUGUGUCCUCACCCCCUACUCUACACAUGAAGACUGGCCUGGGGAACAGCAGCACAGAUACUCUGUGGCGACCAAUGCCAAAGUUGGCACCUCUAGGCUUAAAGGUCACUCAUCCUUCCAGUGAUGCAGAUGGGCAGAGUCUUAAAGUGAUGCCUUGUUUGGCACCUGUAGCUGCCAAAGUUGGAUCAGUUGGACACAAAACGAACUUAACAGGGAAUGAUCAGGAAGGCCGGGAUAGCAAAGUUAUGCCCACCCUGGCACCUAUUGUUGCUAAAUUGGGCAACUCUGGAGCUUCACCAAGUUCUGCAGGGAAAUGAACUUAACUUGUCCUAAAGCGGAAGCCAGGCUGUGAGGGAAAAUUGAAUCUCAUCUUUCUCUGCAGGCAUCUGUUGGUGUCAUGAACUAUAAUCCUUGACUUGGAGGAUUUAGUGGAUAAUGAUGGAGAAUGGGGGUAGGGUGCUGACCCCAGUGUAAGAAAUUACUACUAUGAAUUUCUGAUCAUGUUAAAAUGUGUUACCUCACUUGUGGUGCUGGGUUCCCCUCGUCGUCUCCAACAAGAUGUGAUCCAUUACUGAACACAAGGUGCCCGUCUUACCCAAGGGAUUGAUCAUUGUGUGGACUCCCAGUCCAUACAGUGGUCCUUAGUUCUCUCCCCGCGCAGAAGCCACUUGAGACUUGGGUGAUGUAGUAGACUGUAGCUGGUAGCUGUGGGGCUUACGUCUGAAAUCCAAGGAAUGUGAUGUCCUUGUGCAAAGGGAUCCAGAAGAGAAGAUUUUGGUUGGUGUUUCAGACAUAGGGAACGAGGCUGUAUGGGUCACGUGAAAUACCAAAGUGAAGGGCUUUGUGACAUUUGGCAAAAACUUCUCUGUAUCCCAAGUAGCUUCCAUUUUUCUUAUCAUUUCAAUCAGAGAUGUAAGUUCUGGUAAAGUAGGGAUGCUUUUAUGUUGAUCACUAAGCUGACUACUUUGAGAUGUUUUUAAGAAAAUAGUAGUUCUCUUUUUUUGUCAGAACCCACAAGGGUUUUGCAAAGACCAUUUUAUAGUGCCAGCGAUUUUGAUUUGGAAUCUUUAUUUUGGAGGUAGGCUUAGAGAAGCCGCUUUGCUCGUUUCACACAUCAUAUCACUUGAGAGAGCUAGAACGAAAGCAUCUCCUCUUUACACCAGAGCCAGUGGCCAAAAUAUAUACUCCUAAUAAAUAAAAUUGUGGGGCUGGACAUUUCCUAAAUUAAACCAGCCUCCUGGUGCUUGAAGGGUUCAUUCACUAUUACCUGCACAGGAUGUAAACAGAAAGAAAGUCACAGUAGUCACUCUUUACCAGGGAAAUAAGGCAGUAUUUGAAUCACGAGAUAUAUUUUUUAUUAUCUGCUACCAUGGAAUAAAUGAUCUGUAGAGCUUUUUCACUCAUUAGCUGUCAAAGUAUGAAGGACUGACAGCCUGUAAAGAUAUUUAUAUUUUUGUAUAGUUGUUUUCAUAGAUUUCUCAAAGGCUGAAGUUUUCAACCUAGGAGAUGAGAUUUGUAUUGAGUAUAGAAAUGUUUCGUAUCUAGUUUGUAAAUAAUCAUGGUGCACUUGAAAGGUCUCCUGGAACUCCUGGGGGCAAGGAUUGCUAAUCUGAAAAUGUAUAGACUGGGAUUUAGCUGCUGCAUUUUGCCUUUCUUAAAUAAUUAUAUUUUGGAAUGUAACCGCUCUCUGUCUUCAUUGACAGGAUCUGCUUGUGUGUGAAACAUUUACCACAAGAGCUUCCAGUACCUGGGCUGUGCCUAGGUGAUGCUGUUGCUUCUGUAUCCCCUGCCUCCUUUACUGCAAAUCCAUUCAGCAAAUUUUCGGACCUAGAUUGUGAGACCAACUUUGAAAUGGUCCUAGCCAGUGAGUUAUUAAUUCCAUGGUUGGUUCCUUUCUCUUGGCUUGGUAGUCACCAGAUUGAGAGGAAUGAGGACAAGACUAGUCUGCAAACUUCAGUGGGAGGAAAGUCUUAGGUGGUUUUGUUCUACUUGCCUUCCUGGAGCUGCUUUAAAGGCUGCUGAAGAAGCCUGAAGUGUAGGUGAAGCACAUCCUUCCGCUUCUCAUUACCCUCUCCACUUCUGUUUUCCCAACAAAUUUCAUUCAGUACCUUAGCCACGGAAUCCAACUCCUGUCUGCCCUGCUAAUUGUCUUUGGAUACGCUAGUGCUCUAACCCAGGUCUGGAGCAGUUUCCCAUGAAUUGUUUCCUUGUCACUCCCGUUUCCUCCUGCCUUACCAAGGCUGCUCUUGUGGCUUCUGGGGGUCAGCCAAGGACUAGGCAAGUGAGCAAACAAUCCUCAGGAAAAGGAUCUUUUUCGCUUCUGAACACUGUUACCUUUUUAGGGGAAAAUGCUGUUCUUUUUUUCCCCCAAGGAGGAAAACUCUAUCCUUGACUGGGGAGGAUAUUUGACUCUGUUUAUGAUAUAUGAAGGUGGAAAUGAUAGAAGAUUCCAGGUGUUCAGGAAAGACCACAGAUUUUAUUACAAACCCCCAAGAUAGUGUGUUCUAAAGACCCAUUUAGAACUAGGAGUCCUCAGGGUGGGUUUGAAAGAAGACUCAAUCUCCAGAGCAACCCUGCAGUGCAGUCUUCACGAAUCUCAAACACGACUCCCUCUAACCUUGCCCCAGGAGAGACGGAGCUAUAAGAAGUAUGUGUGUGCUCAUGAAAACCGUAGUUGAGUGAAAGGAGUUGAAGAAGAUGGAGGGCAGUGGACUCUCACCCUAACUCUUUAAGAAGCAUGAUCUCAGUAGACCAACAAUUCACCUUUUUAUACAUCUGUAAAUAAAUGGAAUGUUUUUAAGAAUAUAAUUAUGCCAGAUUAGCCUUUUCCUUUAUAUAUUAAAUAUAUAUCUUUUCUUUUUUG